UGUUGUUCUAAGUAGGCGUCGCACACGCCUUCCAGUUUUCUACUGUAAAAUCUGGGGCCAAGUCACGACGCACCCAGCGAGAAUGGUCAUCCCCAAAAGACAACGGCCUAAAAGGCCGACUCUUCUUUCCCGUACCCGUCCACCAACAGUCAAGCCAAGCCACGCAAGCCUGUCGGCGAAAGCGACUCGAAACCUCAUUCGCUCACAUCAUCGAUUACUCAAAGCACGAGCGCAAGCCCUGCAAACCGAGGAUGCAGAUUUGGUGACCAAGAUAGAUGCUCAGAUUCAAGAAAAUGGUGGUCUAGAAAGUUACCAAAUCGCGAGCAAAUUGGGUCAGUCAUCGCUUCGUGGCGGUGACUCCAGCAAACUUCUAGUUAACUGGAUAUUUCCUCGACUACAGCCGCUAAAGAGCAAAUCAUGCAGAUUCCGUGUGCUCGAGAUCGGGGCUCUCAGCACACAGAACGCUUGUUCCAUGAACAAAUCGCUUGAGGUCACCAGGAUUGAUCUCAAUUCACAAGAGGCAGGGAUCUUGAAGCAAGAUUUUAUGGAAAGGCCUCUCCCAGAAAACGAGGACGAACAAUUUCAUAUUAUCAGUCUUUCCCUAGUUCUCAAUUACGUGCCAGACGCCGUCGUCAGAGGUGAAAUGUUGAAGCGCUGUACAUCUUUUCUUACAAAAACACCACCCUCCGGACUAUGUCAACCUGCGUGCCCUUGCCUGUUUCUCGUUCUGCCAGCGGCCUGCGUCAAUAACUCUCGCUACCUCACGGAAGCCCGGCUGCAAGAAAUCAUGUCAAGUAUGGGUUUUGUUCUAUCAAACAGCAAGAAAACACAUAAACUUAUCUAUCAGCUUUGGGAUUAUACUGGGGCUUGCGAACCCAAAUCUUUCACCAAAGAUACCCUGAACCCCGGCAAGGUCAGGAAUAAUUUCGCUAUUAUCGUCAAAUGACGCAUGUGUUGCAUAUGGUAGCAACGAUGAAAAGGUGGAGCAUUCUGCUCUCGAACCCUGAAGUCGACCUUCACAUCGCAGAAAUGGUUUCUUGCGGCAUGAAAGACCAAGUGGUUCCGAUGAGCGCUAGUAUUGAAGACGUGACCAGCAAAAUCCAGUCCAGCAGUCUUUCCCACGGCGUAAUCUCUUUGCCAAAGAUCUUCAGGUGGAAUGCAAGCGGCAGAAUAA